AUGUUCAUAGAUUCACAAGUAUCAUUAGCAAUUACAGUAAAACAACCUCACCAAAAAGUACAACCUCAUAUCAUUAUGAAUAUUCUCAAACAGUUCAACCUCGUCACAGGCCAAAAAGUUAAAUUACAAAAAUCCACAAUUUUUUUCAGCAAAAAUACGAGCCCUUCAACCCAAAGAAACAUCUGCCAUAUCCUCAAGUUGCUCAAGGCAAAGUACUUUCACAGUGAUAACUUCUUCACAGCAAGAAAAACUAGUGCCAACUCAUGGAUGUGGAAUACUUGGUUAGAAGUUAGAGAUGACUUCAAGGAGAAAGCUAGGAUCAGAAUUCAAAAUGGCCUGUCAGCAAACAUAUGGGACACUCCAUGGCUCCCAGGAAUCCCCAACAACACCCCUCAAAAACUCUCUCACUCCUCUUCAGCUCUGGUAAAGGUCCAGGAUCUCUUUGACUCCACUAGGAGAAGAUGGAAUGUUGAUCUCCUGAACAACAACUUCAAUUCUAGGGAUGUACAAGCUAUUCUGAAGGUCAAAGAACUUGAACCCACUAAACCAGACUAUCUAAUAGGGGAAGGAGGGCCUAACAUCACAUUUACUGUCAAAUAUGCCUAUGAUAUGAUGCAACAGAAGGCACUGAGCAGAUGGGACCCACCAGAGAGUAGUAAAGACCCCAAAGCAACUACCAAAAUGAGAAAGAGGACAUGGAAGCUUAAGAUCAAAGGAAAGAUUAAACACUUCCUU